GACCAGCAUCGCAUCAGGUACGUCGCCCGUAGCCUCCUUCCAGGCUGCGACACGCACCUAUCAAACACACUUAGCUCCAAUACCAAGGCUGCUGUCAUCAAGGACUAGAUCUUGAUUGACCCCAUUGACCCAUCGGUGCUCCCGUUUCCAAGAUCAACCAUCCCUGCCAUGCAAUCAGCUGGUUAAAUAGCUCUCUCUCCUCCAGUGCACUCAGCCUACCACUCAUCACAACCUCACACGACUACUUUCACCCUGACUACUGUGACUCUUUACUUACUGAACCUACCUUCAAUUACAACAAACAAACAUCAUGGAUUUCGUCAACAAGCUCGCCGGCGGCGGUAACAACCAAGGCCAAUCCGUCAACGAGCAAGUCGUCCAAGGCCAGGGCUCUGAGCAGAAGUCCUCCGGCUCCGGUGGCUUCCUCGGUGGCAUCGGUGACAAGCUCAACUCCGCUGCUGGCGGCGGCAAGGAGAGCGAGAAGAACGAGGACUACCUCGACAAGGGUGUCGACUUCGUCCAAGAGAAGUUCAUGGGCCAGGGUGCUCAGGACAACGAGUCCGCCGUCGAGCAAGCCAAGGACGAACAGAUCAGCGACUUCAUCCGAGGCCAGUACAAGUCUACAACUGGCUCCGAUAUCCCCAUCAAGGACAAGGAGACUCGUCUCGGUUAAGCUGUUGAGCUGGGACAAGGCGUGAUGGUGGAUAUACCAUGAGCCGGGAGGACAGGAGAUCCGCUGGCCAUCGACUACAAUCACAAUGAUAAGGUUAUGAUAGUCAUGAAAUGAAACAAUGACAAUACACCACAAGCAAGA